CGCUGGUUGUGCUGAAUGAACGAGCAGUUGAUACUUACUAUCAUAGUAUCAUCGCCUUUGAUUUGCUUACUUACAGCCGUACUGUAAGUAAGUUGUACACUAUUGGAAGUUGUUAACAGACUACAAGUGUUAUGUCACAAAUUCCCUGAAGUUGCCGACGACCUUGACCUUUCGCAUCCACGAGCAUGAACCAUGCAGGCCUGAGGCGCAGCGCAGUUCCCUUCCAUCAUUCUCAUCGCUUGCGAGUCGUCAGACAAUGUGUUCGACGAACGCUAAAGACAGCGACGACCGAGUCGAUCGAGUCUGACCUCGACCUCCCACCACCACUCCCUGAAUCCUCGUCACGACACUCAAAAGUCAGGGACCCGGUACCUCCAGAAGAAACAACUAUCUUUGUGCGACCAUGGGACGGCAUACAGACCAUGCCUGAGCUACUGGCGAUGAUUCGGGGACUGGAGCGUCGUUAUGGGCGGAUUCGCGAGUACGAAGUCAUGCGAGACUAUGACUUCCGCUCUCUGUAUAUCCCAUACUUCUGGAUCAACUUUGAGGACACCGCGUCUCUCGAGCGCACCCCGGAGACCCCCCACCUGCUGAAGGUCGACACGCCGGUCGUCGACUUGGCCCGCUCAGGCGGUAUCGGUCUGGAAGACCUUCAAGGCCUUCUCAACCCUGAGGAUUACGUCUCGCCAGAGGACGACAUGCACGAGCACGCCCCUUACACAAGCAGCACCGCCCGAGGCGAAGAAUCUGCCUUCCCCUCGCCCUCAACAUCUGCCAUAGACGCUUAUAUCGCCUCAAUGUCGCCCAAAACGAGCGCUGCUGACGCGGCGGACCCAAGUACAAACAUCGACGCGGUUGCGGCGGCAUCUACGCAGGAGGCAAAAUCUGCCAGGCAAGCUUCUCCCCUCUCAAAACGCCAGCGAAUCCUUGCGCGUGCGCGCGCGAACGCACGGGCGCCGCUGCCUGUGUCAGUGCCGCAGACGGACGAGGAUCAGCUGAAAGCCAAGGAAGAGAAGCGCAUGCAGGAGAAGGAGGAGGAAGACCGGGUGCGGACUACAGUCAGGGAGAGGCUGUGGAACCUGGUUGGGUCGAAAUGGAUGUAA